GAAAUAGAAAUAUUCCUAUUCGCUUAGCAAAAAUGAAAUAGAAAAUAUUCUACUAUCUGCAAUUUUUUUUGCAGCCCAACUGCACGGUUGACUUAUCGUUCAUCUCUCUCUGAGCCGCUGAGGUGUAAAGGUUCGAGCUUUCUUUGUUCUUUAAUGGCGGAGAUUGUGUACCGCAACCCGGCUGGAAUUUUUUCCUUCUUUUCCUAUUCCUGAAACUGAGAACCACAGAGAAGAGGCAAGGUUCCAUUGCAAUGGGAGAGGGCAAUGGUGAUGCAUAUGUUUCAGUGGGUGAAGUGGAUUCCCCUAGGAUAGAUAACUUCAAGAAAGUCUCACUUCUGCCCCUUGUCUUCCUCAUCUUCUAUGAGGUUUCUGGGGGACCAUUUGGUGUUGAGGAUAGUGUCCAGGCUGCUGGUCCCCUUCUAGCCCUUCUCGGAUUCUUGGUCUUUCCACUCAUUUGGAGUGUUCCUGAGGCCUUAAUUACCGCAGAGAUGGGUACCAUGUUCCCUGAGGCUGGCGGUUAUGUAGUUUGGGUUUCGUCGGCUUUGGGUCCCUAUUGGGGGUUCCAGCAGGGCUGGAUGAAAUGGCUAAGUGGGGUUAUUGAUAAUGCUCUGUACCCAGUUCUGUUUCUGGACUAUUUGAAGUCGGCAAUCCCGGCUUUAGGUGGUGGCCUUCCAAGAAUCAUAGCCGUGUUGGUUUUGACGUCGGUGCUCACUUACAUGAACUAUAGGGGUUUAGCCAUUGUGGGAUGGGCUGCUGUUCUUUUAGGGGUUUUCUCACUCACUCCUUUUAUGGUUAUGGGACUUGUGGCAAUUCCCAAGUUGCAGCCUUCGAGAUGGUUAGUGGUAAAUCUACACAGUGUGGACUGGAAUUUGUAUUUGAACACUCUCUUUUGGAAUCUGAACUAUUGGGACUCGAUAAGUACACUUGCCGGGGAGGUAGAAAACCCAAAGAAAACUCUACCAAAGGCUCUGUUUUGUGCCUUGAUUUUGGUUGUUGUUGGGUAUUUAUUCCCUCUUCUAACUGGUACUGGGGCUGUUCCCCUCAACCGAGAGUUGUGGACUGAUGGAUACUUCUCAGAUAUUGCUAAAAUUAUUGGGGGAGUUUGGUUGAGAUGGUGGAUCCAAGGGGCUGCGGCAAUGUCAAAUAUGGGGAUGUUUGUGGCUGAAAUGAGCAGUGACUCCUUCCAACUUCUUGGGAUGGCAGAACGAGGCAUGCUGCCUGAGUUUUUCGCUAAAAGGUCUCGCUAUGGAACCCCAGUGAUUGGCAUUUUGUUCUCAGCUUCUGGAGUCCUUUUUCUAUCUUGGCUGAGCUUUCAAGAGAUUGUAGCUGCAGAAAACUUCUUGUACUGUUUUGGAAUGAUUCUAGAGUUCCUAUCAUUUAUACGGUUAAGAGUGAAGUACCCGGCAGCAUCUCGGCCUUACAAGAUACCUGUUGGAACAGUUGGAGCCAUUCUUUUGUGCAUUCCUCCAACCAUACUGAUUUGUACAGUUUUGGCCUUUUCUACUCUCAAGGUGGUGGUUGUGAGCGUCGGAGCCAUUAUGAUCGGCCUUGCGAUGCAGCCAUGUCUUAUGUAUGCGGAGAAAGAGAAGUGGAUCAAGUUUUCGACCAGCGCUGACCUCCCAGAUCUCCAUGGUGCUAAUCAGGGGAGUGUUAACUAAUAGAUUAGUAAGUCCUCAAAACAUGGAAAGGCAAAUGUACUCUCACUACUAUUGUUUUCAUCUCCCAAGGCAGUAAGGUUCGCUUUGCUCGUGUUCAUGUUGGUGUAUCUGAUCAAGAAGUUUGCAAUAGUUGCUCUCUAACCUAUGCAUUUCUCUUGCUCAAGUGCAUAGCAAUUGACCGAAAGCUAUUUAUCAUAUAUAUAUAUAUAUAUAUAUUUUAAGACGAUGAUAGAUGGAAAUGCUUUAUUAAAUAUUUACCAUUAAUUCUCUAUUGCGAUAUGUGAAUUUGGUUUGAGUAGAUUUUGAUGCAAUGUCACAUAUUGACAGAGAUUUUGAAAUGUAAGACGCAGUUAGAUUUUGAUGCAAUUUUAACUAA